CUGAUAAACUGGACUCCAUUCAGCCCUGUCAACUGUCAGGUCAUGUGAUUUAUUCUAGGGAAACAGAAACUCGGGCGCUGUUCUCUCUGUGUGAGCCGCUGUUGCCCCGCAGCUGGAUCUGGAUUCAUUUGGACUUCAGGGCUGACAUGGACGUAGAGAAGAAGAACUCAGGCUGCACACAACCAGAGAGCUGUGUGGAGCCAACAGGAAGCAAAGAGGAGCAGCUGUCGCUGAUCAGCUGGAACAUCGACGGUCUGGAUGGAGACGAGCAGCCAGAGAGAGCCAGGAGCCUCUGCUCCUACCUCACAGAAUACUCGGCUGAUGUGGUGCUUCUGCAGGAGAUGGUGCAGGCCUACAUGCGGUUCAUGCACAGACGUCUGGGAGAUGCCUACAACUUCAUAGAAGGUGGACAGGACGGUUACUUCACCAUGAUGCUGCUGAAGAAGUCCCGCCUCAGGCUGCUAGAUCACCACAUUCUCAACUUCUCAAAGUCUCGCAUGACGAGAAACCUGCUGGUUGCUCAGGUGGAGUUUGAAGGCCAGAAGCUGAGUCUGAUGACGUCCCACUUUGAGAGCUGCAAGGCCAACUCUGCAGAGAGGAUGAGGCAGCUAAGGCUGGUGAUGAAGGCGAUGAGCCAGGCUCCGGAUGACCAGACGGUUCUGUUUGGAGGGGACACCAACCUGAGGGACCACGAGGUGGCCGCCGUGGGGCUUCCCGGGAACGUCGUGGACCUGUGGGAACAGCUGGGAGAGCCGGAGAAGUGCCGCUACACCUGGGACACUCGGGCAAACACCAACAAUGAAAUAAAAUUCAAGUGCCAGUUCCGAUUCGACCGGGUGUACCUCCGGCGGGCGAGUGGGGACGGUGUCCUCCAGCUGGAGCCUCGCAGCAUGGCGCUGAUCGGCCUGGAGAAGCUCCGGUGUGGUCUGUUCACCAGCGACCACUGGGGGAUCUACUCCACUUUCUCUGUGACGCGCACAUGAAACGCUUUCAUUUUUCAUUUAAAUUUUUAAAACAGAUAAUUUUACAGAAGCUCAGAGUCAUCUGUGACAUCUAAAUGAAACGUUGAAGAUGAAAUGGUUUGAUAACAGGAGCCUCCUUUCCCUGUCAGUUCUGGUCAUCCAGACUUUUGUAAUUUAAGUUGAGUGGAAGAAAGAAUUGUGGUAAAAACGGGCACACAAGCAAUAGGUAAUGACAUGGCCAGAAUAUAAAUCCAUGUAUUAAGACAUUUUUAUUAGUCUAAUAAACAACACAUAAACAAACGCUGUAAACCAAAACUUUCAGAAUUUACCAAAAUAAAUACUUGAAUUCUCUGUGUGAUGGAUC